AUAAGAGUGAACAACAUCUCAACUGCAGAGAAAACGGGAUAUCUGUACCUGAAAAAAUGCACACAGAGAUACACACACAGAGAACGCACUGUGAGAAGCUUCGAUUCCUGGAUACGUAGACAAGGGAGAGGUGAUCUGCUAGAGGACUGAAGGAGAAAAGAAGAUAAGGAGAGAAGAAGAGAGGAGAGAAGAAGAGAGGAGAGAAGAAGAGAGGAGAGAAGAAGAGAGGAGUGAAGAAGAGAGUGUGUGAGGGGUGAAAGAAUGUGAGAAAUAGUUACAACCAAGACGUGUGAGGGAGAUAUAAAAGGAAGAAGUUGGAGAUACAUAAGACCAAGAAAAAGAGGGAAAUAAUGAGGGAGGGAGUGAGAGUCUGAGAUCGUGAAAGACAAGAGCAAAAUAAAGAGACUGUGAAAGAGUCACAGCUGAAAAGUGAGGGUCUGAGAGAAGAGUAAGGAAAGCGAUCAAGACGUCUGUGGAGUGAGUGACUGAGAACAAAGGCAAGUGAGAGAAAGAGGAGUGCCACCCUAAUCCUCAGUGGGACUCAGCCAGUAGUGUGGUGCGAUGGCGUCGUUUGCUCUGGAGCUAGUGGGUGUGAUCCUGUCAGUGCUGGGCUGGAUACUGAGCAUAGUGAGCUGUGCUUUGCCCAUGUGGAGGGUCACAGCUUUCAUCGGAGCCAACAUCGUCACAGCACAGGUCUACUGGGAAGGGUUAUGGAUGAGCUGUGUGUUCCAGAGCACGGGACAGAUGCAGUGUAAGGUCUACGACUCCAUGCUGGCCUUACCCCAGGACCUGCAGGCUGCCAGGGCUCUUACUGUGGUCACCAUCAUCCUGGGGGUCAUAGCUCUCCUCGUGGCUACCAUUGGGGCUAAGUGCACCAACUGCAUCGAGGAGGAGGGGGUGAAGGCCAAGGUGAUGGUGUCUGCCGGAGUGGCCUUUAUCCUGGCUUCGCUGACCCAGAUAGUGCCUGUGUCCUGGUCGGCUCACACCAUCAUCCAGGUGUUCUACAACCCCAUCAUCCCCUCAGCACAGAAGAUGGAGAUCGGGGCGGCCAUGUCGAUGGGCAUGGAGAUUGUGGGCAUCGCCCUGGGAGUCAUAGGAUUCAUCCUGGGCAUCGUGGUCUGUGCUUUGCCCAUGUGGAAGGUUACAGCCUUCAUCGGAGCCAACAUCAUUACAGCCCAGACCAUCUGGGAAGGGUUAUGGAUGAACUGUGUGACCCAGAGCACGGGACAGAUGCAGUGUAAGAUCUAUGACUCCAUGCUGGCCUUACCUCAGGACCUUCAGGCUGCCAGAGCCAUGACUGUCAUCGCCAUUGUCCUGGGGAUUCUAGGGGUGAUGGUCUCCAUCGUCGGAGCCAAGUGCACCAACUGCAUCGAUGACGAAUCCUCCAAAGCUAAAGUCAUGAUCAUCUCCGGAAUCUUCUUCAUCCUGGCCGGUAUCCUCAUCCUCAUCCCUGUCUCCUGGUCGGCCAACACCAUCAUCCGAGACUUCUACAACCCCCUUUUGGUCGAGGCCCAGAGGAGAGAGCUGGGAGCCUCACUCUACAUCGGCUGGGGGUCGGCGGCCCUGCUCCUUAUUGGAGGAGCCAUGCUGUGCUGCUCCUGCCCCCCCAGGGAGGAGAAGAGGUACAAGCCCCCCCGCAUGGCCUACUCCGCACCUCGCAGCGUGAGUGGGGGCGCAGCGGGAUACGACAAGAAAGACUACGUCUGAGAGGGACUAUUUCACCUGCAUGAUUGAACGGAGGGGAGAAAAGAUAGAGGGUGAGAAGAAGAGUGAUAGAGGAGAAGUAGACAGAUAGAUAGAUAGAUAGAUA